AUGUUCCGCCGCCGCAUCUUCAUCUGCGAGCCCGGCGCCGGAGACCAAGCAGAUCGGUCCGUCGCCGCAACUCCCGAUCCGGCGACGAUCCUGGCGUUCGCUGCCCCGCCGUCGCUGAUUUGCCGCAUCAACCUCGAUCCGCCGCACCGAGUUGCUCCCGACGUCGUUGCUCCAGAUCGGCCCGGAUCCGGCGUUGCCUCGCCGGAACGCGUCGAAGCCCCCGCUCCGCUCGCGACGCCGCCCGCCGGUCUCGCUGCGCCGCCCGACGCAGCCCCGAUGCCGCUUUUGCCUCGCCCGCGUUCGAGGUCUCCCGCCCGUUCUCGCCGCGCCGCCCGCGACGCUCCCUCGCUGCCCUCGCCGCCCCGACGCCGUCUCCGCCGUGCUUCAGCCCGCGCUCGGAGUCCCUCAUCCGCGACACUCGCACCUGCACCCGCGAGUCCCCACGCCGGUCUCCGCCGUUCCUCUUGUUGCCGGAGCUCUUCCGCCACCGGUUUGCCCUCGCCGGAACCCUAG